UCCCUGGAAGCCUGUGGCAGCUCCCUCAGCAGUGGAGGCACCUCAGGAUGGACGCUAGGGACUGUGAUGCAGCCUCGGAGCCAGGGCCCCCUCCCUGUUCCUCUGUGACCUCCUGGUGGGCUAUGGUCCUGAGGAACCUGAGGCUUUUCCCAUGCUUCUGCUCAGCGCUCGGGAGUAAAAUAGCUGCCGAGUACAGAAACUUCACGAGUAAAUCUUUAAAGGAACACAUUUUCCCUCCGCUGAUGAAUAUGCUGAUAUAUUUAAAUUGCAUUACGGCUCCCAUUCUCGUGGAUUUAAAGAGACCAGAGACAAAGAUUGCUCACACAGUGAACUUCUUCCUCAAGCCUGAACCCAAGGUUCUGCUUGGCAUCUGGCACACAGUCCCCAGCUACCGGGGAGAAGAGGCCAAGGGGAAGUGUCGAUGCUGGUACGAAGCCUCCCUCAGUGAUGGGAACCCGAUUAUUAUCUAUCUUCAUGGCAGUGGGAUAAACAGGGCAUUUUGUGGAAGAAUUAAGCUGACACAGGUGCUGAGUGAUGGCGGCUUCCAUGUAUUGUCUGUGGACUAUAGAGGAUUUGGAGAUUCUACAGGAACAACUACAGAGGAGGGACUAACCACAGACAUUAUUUGUGUCUAUGAAUGGACCAAGGCAAGAAGUGGUAGAACUCCUGUGUGUCUGUGGGGCCAUUCUCUGGGAACAGGAGUUGCAACAAAUGCUGCAAGAGUCCUAGAAGCAAAAGGAUGUCCAGUUGAUGCUAUUAUCUUAGAAGCUCCAUUUACCAACAUAUGGGCAGCAACUAUCAAUUUUCCCUUGGUAAAGAUGUACUGGAAGCUUCCAGGAUGUUUAAGAACGUUUGUGGAUGCCCUUAAAGAAGAGAAAAUAGUCUUUCCUAACGAUGAAAAUGUGAAGUUUCUGUCCUCCCCGCUUCUCAUCUUGCAUGGUGAAGACGACAGGACGGUGCCUCUGGAGUUCGGAAAGCAGCUCUAUGAAAUUGCACGCAGUGCCUACAGGAACAAAGAGAGGGUCAAAAUGGUCGUCUUUCCUCCUGGCUUCCAUCACGACUAUCUCUUUAAGAGCCCCAUGCUGUUAAGUACUGUGAGAGACUUCCUGAGCGAGCAGUGGGCAUAAAAGGCUGGGACCAGCAGAAAUUUCCAGUGAAGAUGUGGUUCAAACCUUGCCUGAGCUGGGUGGUUUCUUUAUGCAAAAUUGUGCUGGGAUGCUUGGAUGAGCUGAAGCUCACCCGACAUUUGAAUAAACAAAGCUGCAUGGAAUGUUCUUUAGUCCAUCAUUGUCUGAGAAUCAUGCCAAAUCUUCAACGUGGAGAAUCAGAAUCUAAUGUGAUCUGAUCUCAUCUAUAAAUGCCCACCUACGAACCCUGCUGGGAUAUUUGUGAGUAAGGUGAAUGCUGGUACAUGAACUCAGUGUCUGCCCCCAAGCUCCUAGGUUAAAAUUUACCUGUCAGCGUGAUGGUAUCAGGAGGCAGAGGCUUUCAAAGGUGGUGUGAGCCGGGCUCUUGGGGAUGAAAUUAGGUCCCCAAAACACAGAUCUAAAGGAGUGUGGAGAGCUGCAAUAACAUUUACCAUCAUAAGAUGGUGCCGACUUCCACAGUGCCUUAUGCCACCUAAACAAAGAUCAAGCUGUGUGCGCAUGUGCAAGGAGUAAAAGCGCACCAAGUCACUAGCCCACCCCCAGGGCGUGUAUAUGAGAUCAUGGGUAAGCAACCAUUCAGGCGAGGACACGCCACACCAGGGGGUAUAUAAGCAGCCCCUUUUCUGAGGCUCUUGGUCUUCCUCAUCAAUAUGUAAUAAAGAUUGGCUGCAGAAGGAUCCUUAUGUCCCGUGUGCGUUCCUGUGGGCGAGAACAAUAGCAUGGGACAUAUGGCGCCGAGAACCCGGGAAAAAUACCACACCAUCACCCAGUGCCGAGGAGGCCCUCCGCUCCGUGGAGAGGAUCCAGAACUGUAGCAUGAAAGGGUGAAGAAAAUCCACUUUGGGUCUCAAUGCGACUGAUAAGGACCGUGAAAGAUACAGAUCUAUCGAAUUAUCUGAAGGGGAACUGGUUGCAGAAGCUAGGUUGCAGACGAAGCUGCAGAUACAGAUCCUGAACCAGAGUGGAACCAGUGACCCUUGGAGACUUCACCUCUUGGCUUACCUCUGCAUUUUUCUUACUUCAAAGAAUGGCUGGGGGGGGGGGGAAAUCUGUUUGGCACAGCCUUGUGUUGUGGAUUAGUGUUCAUGCUAUGGUUGGUCUGCAAGCUCAGAUCUCAACAGAAACGUGACAAGGUUGUGAUAGCUCAAGCACUUGCUGCCAUAGAGCAAGGGGCCUCCCCUAAAAUUUGGUUAUCUAUUCUCAAGAAUUAGUCAGCAUCUGAGUUCUCUGCUUUUGCAUCCCACGGAUUUGUGGAUCCAUUGCACUGGGAUGAGAGAGAUUCAACGAUCAUUGAUCAGCCCUUGCACAUCACUGAGGUUUCCUCUUGCACGUGAUAGGGUGAUCAUGAUUUCCCUAUUAAUUCAUUUUUUGGCUGGCCUCGCUUGUAGAGUUCGCCCUAGGUCAUUUAGCAGUUACUGUCACACAGUACUGCGGUAUCCAGAGACGGGCAACUUUCCUCAUGCACAGACCAACCUAAGACACGGGGCCCAGUGGCGAUAGGGUUACCCUAUGAUGGGUAAGGCUGUGACAUUAGAGGAACGGCCUAAAACAGGAGCCACAGCAGAUGGACAUAACUGCAGAGGCCUAGACCAGCCUCGUUUUAAUAAUAUAUAAGGGGGGGGGGGAGAUGUGGAGAGCCGCAAUAACAUUUACCAUCAUAAGAUGGUGCCGGCUUCCACAGUGCCUUAAUGCCACCUAAACAAAGAUCAAGCUGUGUGCGCAUGUGCAAGGAGUAAAAGCGCACCAAGUCACUAGCCCACCCCCGGGGCAUGUAUAUGAGAUCAUGGGUAAGCAACCAUUCAGGCGUGGACACGCCACACCAGGGGGUAUAUAAGCAGCCCCUUUUCUGAGGCUCUUGGUCUUCCUCAUCAAUAUGUAAUAAAGAUUGGCUGCAGAAGGA